CCCACUCAAAAAUAUCUUCAUGACUUCACCUCUUUUAAUAGUUAUUACCCACGCGGCGACGAACCAAAGAAUCCCGCAAAAAUCCCUUGCCCAUCUGGUCAUGGAAACUCCGAUCACCGGAUGAAUGGUCCGGUGACCGGAACGUUGAGCCAAAAAGCCCCAUACAUCCAUUAAAAUUACGUAAAUAGCCUACCAGAAUUCCUUCCUGGGUUGAAUGGAUCCCCAGGAGGCCUCUCCCAUGAAGACCGAGAGAAGCCAAAAGAAGGGCCUCCCCUUUGUAUUGUUGCGAUGCAGUCUGGCCCUUCUCUUCCCUAUCAUUAUCUUCUUUUCCAUGUCGUUUCUGGUUGGCUUUGUAGCUGUUUUCGCCGCGAAUUCACAAAUUAGCAGCCCAAUUUCCGUGCCCUCUCAAUGCAAGAUAGUCUCCAGCAGUGUGGAUCUUAGGUCCGCUAAGGUCUGUGAACUUGGACUGUUCAAUUAUAAAGCCAAGCAUGUGUUUUACCCCCUUGAGAGAAGUAAGUUUCGGUGCCGUUAUGACUACUAUUGGGCUUCAAUAUUCAAGGUAGAAUACAAAGAUCAUUCUUCUGGUCAGAUACAACUUGCUUUUGCAGAAGCUCCAAAUGAAGCACUUCCUCUUAAUUGUAGGCCUAAUUUUGGUGCUGCAUGGUUGACCAAAGAUAAAUUCAAGGUGAAUAAAACUUAUGACUGCUGGUACACAUCUGGCAUCUCUGAAGUGAGCUUAUAUCAGUAUGGUUUUUCUGGUUGCCAUGCAAAAGAUCCAUCUACUAUUGAGAUGAUUAGGCGUUAUUCCUUCCUGUCCACAAAAUUAUUACAAUCCUGGUUAUCAAGCAUGGGAAGAGCCAAGUAUUUGAGGUUGGAAGUGUUAGCUGGAGUUGUUGCCGGUUUUUUAACGUCCUUGAUCUCCAUCAGCUUUAUUAGGCUUAUACAUCAUAUGAAAUCGUGGUUGCCUCACAUUUGUGUACCAAGGGUGCUCCCAGAUGCUAUCAAUAUAGCUCGAUUGAGGCAUGCUUGCUUUUUUGUGAUGUACUUCUGUAUCGUUGGUUGGUUGGCCAUCCAGUAUGGGAAAAAGCUUGGGCUCCCGGAGAUUUUCACAAUUCUGAAGUCAUAGGCGGCACUUUUUUUUUUCCCGUUCUUUUUUGUGACUCUGAAGAGAGCCGAUAUCUGCAAUAUUGGAAUUGCAGGGAGGUGAGAUGACUGACAUUCCUUGCUGCAAUGAUAUACAAUUGAGUGAUACACAAUGUAUUGAAUCUCAUGUAGGAUAUAAUGUAUGUAGAGCACAGCAACAACUUCAUGUAUAGAUUUCUUUAAAAUAAGAAAGCUGCGAUUGCCCUCUUACGAGUA